CUCGACGGCCUCACCAUUUUGAAGAAUCGCGGUUACGAUUCGGCGGGUCUCGCCACUACGGACAGCGACGGCAGUCUCGUGGUGACCAAGUUUGCCAGUGACGGGGACAAGGCCGAUUCGAUUGAGUUGGUGCGCGCACAUUCCCAGUUGUCGGCGGGACACGUCAUCGGCAUUGCGCACACCCGAUGGGCCACACACGGAGGAAAAACCGACGAGAACGCCCAUCCUCACGUUGACUCGUCCGGAAAAAUCGCCCUCGUCCACAAUGGCACUCUCAACAACGCGAACGAUCUACGACGGGAUCUACAAAAAAUGGGACACAAAUUUACUUCCCAGACCGAUACCGAAGUCAUUGUCAAACUGAUCGGACACUACUAUGCACAAGAUAAGUGUGACAUUAAGACGGCAACGGAAAAGGCGCUCGCCAUUUGUGACGGUUCGUGGGGACUCUGUAUUAUGUGCACCGAUACGCCGGAUGAACUCGUCGUCGCCUGCAACGGAUCGCCCCUCGUUAUUGGAAUUGCUGAUGAUCGGACCUUUAUCGCCUCGGAAACGUCCGCCUUUAAUCGCUACACCAAAAACUUUAUUUCUAUGAAAGACGGGGAAAUUGGCGUGCUGCAUUCGGAUGGACGCGCGCUCGAUCUCAGUCGCAAACAACUCGCACCGGAUCAAGAAGUUAAACUCCGACCGGACCCCUACCCCCAUUGGACACUCAAGGAAUUGACGGAACAACCCGAAGCCAUUGCUCGGGCUCUCGGCUUUGGUGGACGCCUCGGAGCGGAUCAGGUCUUUCUGGGUGGACUCGACGGUAACCACGAGCGGAUAUCCGAUAUUAAGCACAUGAUGCUGUCGGCCUGUGGGACUUCCCUGAACGCGGCACGGUACGGUGAACGACUCAUGAAACACUUGGGUUCCUUCGACUCGGUUGUGGCAUUGGAUGCGGCCGAAACCGACGCCAAGGACUUUCCCUGUCAAAAAAAUAUCAAAGAAACCGGCUGCAUUGUGGUUUCUCAGUCGGGAGAAACCAAGGACGUGGUGCGGGUCGUGGCACACGCCAUGGACAAGGGUGUAACCGUCAUGUCGGUGGUCAACGCCGUCGGAUCCUUGAUUGCCCGAACCACUAAAAUGGGCGUGUACUGUAAUGCUGGCCGGGAAAAUGCCGUGGCCAGCACCAAAGCUUUUACCACGCAGGUGACGGUUCUGGCGUUGGUGGCACUCUGGUUCAAGCAAUCGCGUGAUCGGAUCUCGGGCAAGAUCGAUUCGUUGGAAAGUCAACGAUUGCGGGACGCGCUCAUGCGUCUACCCAUUACCUUUGGAAUGGCACUCAAAACGAGGGACCAGUGCAAAUUGAUUGCAGAGCGACUCAAGAACAAGGAGCACUGCUUUGUCUUGGGCAAAGGCUAUGGUGAACCCGUUGCCAUGGAAGGUGCUCUAAAAAUCAAGGAAAUGUGCUAUUUGCACGCCGAAGGCUAUAGCGGUGGCGCUCUGAAGCACGGUCCAUUUGCCCUGAUCGAGGACGACAGCGGUAAAUUCGGGGCGACACCGAUUAUUAUGCUGAUUUUCGACGAUGAGCACGCUCACCACAUGCGGACAGCUGCGGAAGAAGUCAAGGCUCGGGGUGCAGAACUCAUCAUCAUCACGGACAAGCCGAGAUUGGCGGCCGAUUUGGAUCCCAAUCCUAUUGUUAUUUCCAACAAUGGUCCGUUAACGGCUCUCGGUGCUGUCCUGCCCCUGCAAUUGAUUGCCUAUGAACUCGCCAUGCUUCGCGGUAUCAAUCCGGAUACACCGCGGAACUUGGCCAAGGCGGUUACGGUAGACUAG